GGCAUCUCUCUCUGGCUCGUUCCGCGGUCCUCACAAGCCGCGGACAUCGUGCUCCCAAUGCAUGCCAGGCCCUCUCUCGCUGGGCCCCCUCGCUCGCCCGCCUCGUUCCCGACCUUCCAUCCGCACGUCACACUCGCGUCGGGCCCCGACGCCAACGCCCUACGUGCCGCCAUACCGCAAGAGCAACAUGCGAUCCACGUGCGCUUUGCGUCGCUCGAGGUCGGCGAGAAGUACUUCAUGUCGGUGUACGUCGCCGUGCGGAGUGCGGCGGGCUCCCCGCUGGAGAACCUGCGCGAGCAUCUCAGGGCGGCGCUCGGCGAGAAGGCUGUCCCGCCCGUGGCCCACAUGUCGCUCCACUACAUCGACGACGCGGACGCGGGGGAACGCGCACGUACGGCGGAGGCGCUGCGGAGCGAGCUGUGGGUGAUGGAAAGUCGGGAGGACGAUGAGCAGUGUAUCCAGCUGGCUUGUGUGGACCCGCAGGCGGAGGACGCGCGGGAGCUGGUGAUUCUCGACGGCUUCGACGGGGAGGAGAUCUGGGUUGUCAAGUGCGAAGGACCCGUCGCUGAGUGGGAAGUCUUGGAGAAGAUCUCGCUCACGCUGUAG